UACCUCAAGGUCGACGGGAAACUCUUCUGCGGUUCGCUCAAGCACCGGGGACGCCGCGAGAUUGUUGAUUUCCCAAAGAAUUCGGACGAGCUGACCUUCUACUUCCAUACCAACGGCGUCGGCUCCGGCAAAGGCUUCUGGAUCGAGGUGGCGCGAAGACCGGGCUCAUGCGACGCGCGGAAGAACAUCAUCGGGGCCUGCGAAGAGAGGCACUCGCAAGAGGAGUUCAUGCUGUGGAGCCCCGACUUCCCGGAGCCCUAUGGCCCAGACCAGAAGUGCUGGUACUACAUCCGUCGAGCCAGCAGCGCCGUUUGCGGCCUCGAGCUCACCUUCUUCAACUUUGAGCUGGAAGCCAGCGACGGAUGCGUGUACGACUUCCUCGACGUGGACGGGCAGAAGUUAUGCGGCUCCAUCACUCCGGGUGCAGUCCGGGUGUUCAUGUUCAACAGAGACCAGCUCCUGAUUCACUUCAACAGCGACAGCCAGACCAACAAACGAGGCUUCCACGUCAAGGCGAGGCAGAUCACUACUUGCUAUCCAGGAAGCAGUUCAUGA